AUGGGAAAUACUACAUGGCUUCAUCGAGAGAACUGGUCCGCAUUGCAGAAAUCUCCAGUUAUUGAUAUGUUUGGUGAAUCAAUUGCUGGAGCGGCCACGAUUAGAGGUUUUGGGCAAGAGAAAAGUCUUGCUGCUAUUGAGUGGCUCUGCACGAGGAAGGAAUUACUUUCGACCUUUGUAUUUGCUUUUUGCAUGAUCUUGCUCGUGAGUUUUCCACAAGGAAAUAUUGCUCCGAGUAUGGCUGGCCUUGCUGUGACAUAUGGCCUUAACUUAAAUGCACGAUUACCACGGUGGAUACUUAGUUUUUGCAAGCUCGAGAAUAAAAUAAUUUCUAUAGAGAGGAUUUAUCAGUACAGCCAAAUUCCAAGUGAAGCUCCUUCUGUUAUUGAAAACUCCCACCCUCCGUCUAUGUGGCCGGAACAUGGAGCAAUUGAAUUGCAUGAUUUAAAGGUUCGCUAUGCUGAAAAUCUUCCUGUUGUGCUUCAUGGAGUAACCUGUGCAUUUCCUGGUGGCAAAAAGAUAGGAAUUGUUGGGCGUACUGGAAGUGGUAAAUCUACUUUGAUCCAAUCAUUAUUCCGAUUGAUUGAGCCAGCUGGUGGGAGAAUCAUUAUAGACAACAUUGACAUUUCCACAAUUGAGCUCCAUGACCUACGUAGACGUCUUGGUAUCAUACCCCAAGAUCCUACAUUAUUUGAAGGAACUAUUAGAGACAAUCUUGAUCCUCUCGAAGAGCAUUCGGAUCAUGAAAUUUGGGAGGCUCUUGAUAAGUCUCAGCUCGGAGAUAUUGUGCGUGAGAAAGACCAAAAGCAUGAUGCACCAGUUUUAGAAAAUGGAGAUAACUGGAGUGUGGGGCAGCGGCAACUUGUUUCCCUCGGCAGAGCUUUGCUCAAACAGGCAAGAAUACUCGUGCUUGACGAAGCAACAGCAUCAGUUGAUACUGCCACCGAUAAUCUCAUACAGAAGAUCAUCCGAACAGAGUUCAUGAACUGCACAGUUGGCACUAUUGCACAUCGUAUUCCAACCAUAAUCGACGGUGAUUUUGUUUUGGUGUUAAGUGAUGGUCGAGUUGCAGAGUUUGACACUCCGGCACAUCUCUUGGAGGAUAAAUCAUCAAUGUUUCUGAAGUUAGUAACCGAGUAUUCCUCUAGAUCAAGCGGCAUACCGGAUUUCUAAAACAGAUUACAAGCCCAAAA